AUGGAUAAAUUCCUAAAAAGACCAUCAACGUCUAGUGGGAGUAGUGGAAUAAAGAAAAAACGUCUUUAUGACGACAAUUAUUUGAAAUUUGGGUUUACUGUCAUUGAGAACAAACCGCAGUGCGUAAUUUGCUUUGAAAUUUUGUCAAGAGAAAGCAUGAAACCAUCGAAGUUGGUACGCCACCUAAACACAAAACAUCCUAAUGAAAAAAAUAAACCCGUGGAAUUUUUUGAGCGGAAACUAAAAGCUCUUGAACAUCAAAAAACUGCUAUAGGACAAAUGUCCAACCUAAAUGAAAAAGCGUUGCUCGCUAGUUAUCGAGUAGCUUUUCGUGUGGCUAAAGCAGGAAAACUUCACAGUAUUGCCGAAAAUUUGAUUUUACCAGCGGCUUUAGAUAUAGCAGGGAUUAUAUUUGGCAAACAAGAGGUCGAAAAGCUCAAAAGUAUACCUCUCUCUGACAAUACCAUUCAACGCAGGAUAAGCAAUAUGGCGACUGACGUUCGUGAUCAAGUCAUAGAAAAAAUAAAGAAAAGUUCUUUUGUGUCCUUACAAUUUGAUGAAUCAACGGAUAUUGCGGGUUGUGCGCAGUUUGUAGCUUUUGUGCGUUUUGAAUCCAAUGAAAUAUUGAUGGAAGAAAUACUAUUUUGCAAGGCACUUCCCAAAAAUGCUACAGGUCAGUUCUUGCAUGACAUGUUCGUUGAAGCUACGCAAGAUAUGAAUAUCGAUUGGGCACAAAAAUGCAUUGCUAUUUGUAGUGACGGAGCAAAAGCCAUGACUGGUGCGAAGAGUGGAUUUAUUGCUAGACUGAAAGAACAAAUGCCAAACGCUUGUUGGAUGCACUGCUUUCUCCAUCGCCAAGCUCUUGCAGCCAAAACCUUGCCACAAGAAUACAGUCAAGUUCUAAAUAUUAUUAUUAACAUUGUAAAUUCUAUCAAAGGAAAAGCGUUGCAGACUCGAUUGUUUCGAAUCAUUUGUGAAGAUAUGGGGGCACUACACCGCAAUUUGCUUUACCACACAGAGGUUAGGUGGUUAUCAAAAGGCAAAGUACUGACCAGAGUUAUGGAACUUCGCGCUGAACUAUUAGUAUAUUUACAACAAGCCAAGUCACAUUACUCUGAAUUCAUUUCUGACCCGGAAUUCCUUUUGAAAUUGGCUUUUCUUUCCGACUUAUUUGAGCAUUUAAACAACUUGAAUAAAAGUCUUCAAGGGCGGGAUGAAAAUGUCAUUACAGCAAAAGACAAACUCCAUGGCUUUAUAAAAAAAAUUGAAUUGUGGUCAUCAUCUAUAAAUCAAAACAACUUUGAUUCAUUUUCGUCGACACAGUCUUUCAUUGAAGAAGUCGGAAGCGAGAUAAACAUUAACUCAUAUAUAUCUGGUAUGAAAAUGGUGUUAGAUAAUUUGAAGAAAGAGUUGUGUCAUUACUUCUCAGUGCAAGAGAUAUCGAUUAACACUGGGCAAAGAUGGAUCUUAAAUCCGUUUUUAAAUGCAGCUAUAAAUGAGGCAAAUUUAGCAACUAAGCUCAAAGAGAAUCUGCUGGAAUUAUCUGCCGAUGGGAUGUUACACUUGAAAUUCAAGUCUGAAAAUUUGGAUACCUUUUGGUUAAAAAGAAAAACAGAAUACCCGGAAUUAACAACCGAGGCUUUGAAGUGUUUGAUUCCAUUUUCUACCUCGUACUUGUGCGAGUUGGCAUUUUCAUCAAUGGCCUAA